UUAAUGUCAGUUGUAUGUAGCAGACGGUCGUGAGAUUGAAGUAUGUAUUAUUCUGCUUUAUUUGUGUUUUUUGGAAACUUUAUAUCAAUGUCAAUGGAGUGCCCAAUUUUGUGUUCUAUGUGUGACAUCUCCGAACAGUGCAUUGAAUGUACAACAGGUCAUUGGGGUACAAGACUAAAUUGCGUACAUCCUUGUCCAGCCACAUGCAACGGUGCUUGCCACGACCACGACGGGUCCUGCUCGAAGUGUAAGCCCGGGUUUUGCGGAAAUUUUUGUCAACUGUCAUGUGAGCCAAACUGUGAUGGAGAAAAUUGUCAGUUGAUUAGUGGGGAAUGUGUUUGUCAAACAAAGUCUCACGUGACAGGAGCUGAAAGGACUACAGGAAAGACGAAUGAACGAUGUCCGCUAGGAAACUAUGGACCAUUCUGUGACAAGAAGUGUUCUGUUGGAUGUGUAAACGGAAAUUGUAGAAUGACAGAUGGCGGAUGUGUCCAUGGCUGUGUAAAUGGGUACCAAGCGACAGAAAUAGGAUGUAUAUCUGCUUUAUCGGAUAAUGAUUCGGAUGGAUCCGGAAGUUUAUCAACCGCAGACAAAGUAGCCAUUUCUGUAUCAUGUUCAGUCAUGGCUUGCUGCGUUGUGGUAGUAAUAGUCGCCAUUGUGUGUUACAGAAGAAGCAGAAUACAACAGUGUGAUACAAAAAACGUGAAAGGGCAAAGGACUGUGACUCAGCCACACUCUGGUAUAUCGACCGGAAGUUGUCGGAGUGCGAUUGCUCUCCCGAGUAUCCCGCCCAGGGAGCCUUCUACGAGGUACGUCAGAACAGACGGCCCCGUUCCAAAGCCAGCAGAUGUAUGCACGAUCCCAUGCUCACAAAGAGGAGCUUAUGACUAUGUCGCUGGUCCAGUUAACCUGUACGAAGAACCUGUUGGAAUAUCGCAUUCGCGAAGGCGGGAAUUGGCAGAAGAUGCUGAAGUGGCAAUAAUGUGCUGUGCGCGUGAUAUUCCGUCGGAACCGGGAAUGCAAGUUUCAAACCAAAAAGUUCAGUUCAUUACAGACGAAACUGUCGAUUACAUCCAUUGUGUCGCAGACAAUGACGAAACUAUUUAUAACGAAAUUCUCUUUUAGUUUUAAUAUUAUAUUUAAGGAAAAUACUCAGAAAGAUCAUACAUGAAAUGCUAACUCUUGAUAGUUCUUUUGGUGUUGAUAUACCAUUCCAUUAUUUGUAUAUUGCUAGUUUACUUAUUGACUUACAUAACAUUAUUACACAUGAGUUUUAUACACUGAAGUGUAACUGUGAGACAUUUAGUUAGUUAAAAAGCUUCAAGCUCCAUGCUACAAUCAGGAAUAUGAAAAGAACGCCCACGCCAAAUAGUUUGCUUAUGAUGCUAUUGUCUAUGUUGAAUUCAUGCUGCAUUCAUUGAAUAAAAUACACUUCAGAUCG